AUGCUAGGCAAGCUCUUGGUCCUCCCCGUCGUUCUCGGCGGUGGCAUGCUCCUCAUCAUCGUCGCGCUGUGGUAUGUCAAGGGCCGCAAGAACAACGAGGCCCCCAAAGACAUCGAGCAGCAGGCCUGGUUCCCGCCACCGCCGCCGCCGCCGGUCUACGGCCCGCCUCAGGCUCCGGUCUACGCGCCAAGUGCGGUGCGGCAGAGCCAGUACCGCGGCGGCCCUACCAAGCCGGCCCCUACGCAAGGCUGCCACUAG